AAUUAUUAUUAUUAAUCUAAAAGCUAUAAAUAAAUGUUUUUAAAUUAAAUAAUCGAUCAUAAAAAUCAUGAAUCAAUCAAAUAAAAAUAAACGUAAUUUAGGUCUUGAUCAAAAAUCAGAUGAUAAAAGUGAUGAUCCUGUCAAACGAUCGAAGCAGAAUGAAACAAAUGACAAUGAAAUUGUGGAAGAUUUAUCCGAUCUAGAAAAAUCCGAAAUUGACGAUGAAGAAGAGUAUGACGAAGACGAGGAAGAUGACAAAUUAAGUGAUAAAGAGAUAUCGAUCGAAUUCACUGCUCACGAUCCAAUAGAAAGUGAUUUUCAUGGUAUUCGUUGUCUGUUGCAACAAUUGUGGCUAAAGGAAAAUAUAGACAUUUCUGAACUGACCGAAUUGGUCAUGAAAGAAACCAUUACUACCGUCUUAAAGCAAUCAAUUGACGAAGACGAAUCACAAGAUGAAGAAGAACACAAUGGUGAUGGCGAUGACGAUGACAGCGUAUUUGGUGUUAUAUCGAUCAUACCAUUCAACAGUCAUUUUAAUGAUCGAAAUUGUGUUCAACAACUUAAACAAGUAUUAUUAUCAUAUUUACCAAAAGACAAUGAUAUUUUACGUAAACUAAGCCAUUCGAAUACUAAAUGUGCUUUAAUCAUACACGAACGAUUCGUUAAUCUACCGCCAAAAAUAUCUGUACCUUGCUAUCAGCAAUUAUUAUCCGAAUUGAAACAAUCAUCAACAUCCAACAAAUUUGAAUUUGAUCAUAUUAUCAUGAUCUCGAAACUUUCGAAAUAUCGAAAUGAUAUAAUCUAUACAAAUGCUGAAGAUGAAAUCUUUAGUGAACGAGCUGAUGCUCAAUUUGAAUAUUCAGUGGCCAAGCAAUCGGACACUCAUUCAAUAGAUUGGAAUGAUGAUGACAAAACGUUUGAACCAUUUCGAAAGCUACAUUUAUUAACCAAACAGCGAUGGAUUGAAACUAUAAAUGUUUUGAAAGAUUUUGUUUAAUUUUUUUUAUAAAUAAAAUCAUCAUUCUCAUACAAUAA